UGCACGUGCGCACUACGUCUUGUGAAUCGUCGUAGGAUGCUUUGUUACAAUUGUUGUCAUUCAAGUUGUUUGUUUACAUCCCUAUUACAUUAAUUGUUCUGCAUCAAGAUGUACACAACUUCAUUACGUGCCAAUCCACGCUGUUUACGUCGUGUAAUACUUCCGACUGUGGUGAAACGCGUAUUAAGGAGAAUCGUUGAAGACGUACAAUGAGCAGCGUUUUCCAUUCCGGAGCAUACGUGCUCCCUGGAAACCACUACUAUGAAAGCCGAGCCUCAAGUGCGGAGAUGUACCUGCACCGCCUCUCUGGGCAAGAAAAGGAGCCCAAUAUCGUUGUCAUGGACCAUUGCUACGCGAAAGCGUGGAAUGCACAUCCAGAUUCUCACCACGCCAAGCCUGCGAAGCUCCUUUUUAUGAAAGAUAUCCCAUACCCUGAAGGUCGAGACGUUACCUGUGAGGAUGUGCAAGUGGAUGUGGAAGCGUUCACUGCAAGAUGCCUGUUGCCAUAUGACGGUAGUCGAGCCCGCAGCCUUAUGACGGAGUGUGAGCGCAACACAGCCCUCUGUGCCCGUGCCGAAGAAAGCCUGGACGAUUGGGAGGAGGCAGUAAGUCGAGAUGGCUGGACUAACCAGCAGAACAGGCUGUUCAACAAAAUUGCCAAGAUUCUCAACAGUGACCGUCUGGCUCAUCUGUCUUAUGAAAAUGUCACAAACGAGCCCAUCCUGAGACGCCUCGCCGUGGACACUGCUGCACUUAAGUUUCGCCAAGUGUUUGCCCUUUUCGGCUGGGACAUGAAAUUGUUGCAGUGGCUGCAUGGCAUAUUGAUGGAAAAGACGAGUUUGUCAUACCUGGCAGUCUACUUAGAUAUCCUGCAGGCGUUAAAAGCCAAGGUUCCUACGCUCGUUGACAAGAUGCUUUCGAAAGCCGUUGCGUCUGGCCGAGCUCACACUAUUGCACCCGAGACGCUUAACAUACUCCUGAGGCGACCCUGGGACCCUGUAGCUCCGUUCCUUAGCCAACAUAAGCCAAAACGACUUCCUGGCUCGCCACUGCUGGUCCUCUGUCCGGGCAUCCCUGGCCAAGCGAUGAACCUCGGCCAACCGCGCGGUCGCUUCUGGUUUUCGCAGCUUUCAAUCAUGGGCAAACUCAUCAUGGUCAAUGCAUCUGGGACAGACAGCGACGGGAACAUGAAUAACACGCUCGAAAACAUGGUUGGCGCGGUCAAGGCGAAGGUGCUCGAGCUGAAGAAUCACUUCCCGUCGCGGCCCAUUGUUUUGAUUGGAUGGAUGAUAGGGGGCGUGAUCGCUUGCCAGGUGUCGCUGAUGGAAUCGGUCGUGGCCGUAGUAUGCCUCGGCUUCCCGCUUGUCGGCAUCUGCGGAGCAAGGGACGUGGACGAUCCGAUGUUGGACAGCCACACGCCCACGUUGUUUGUGAUUGGCCAGAACGCACUUUCUUGCGGGAUUGACGACAUCGAGAACUUCCGAGAGCACAUGAAAGCGGAGUCGGGCCUGGUGGUGGUCGGCGGAGCGAACGACAGCCUUCGUGUCUCGUCUCUGAAAAAGCGAAUGGAAGGCGUGACACAGUCUGUCGUGGAUCGAUGCAUCGUGGAUGAGAUGGGUGCAUUUCUGGCCUGGGUGCUGACAUCUCAGCAUGGUGGAGGAGGCGCCACUGGCCACUCCACUGCACCGUCAAAGGUGAACGACCCCGGCCUACUGGUGGGCGGGCGCCGGCGCCGCGUCGGAAUCCGAGAGGUGCCCGGACGUGUGGCCGAGUUCAGUAGACGCCGCGGCCGACAGUGCCGCCCCCCGUAUUUCUACGACCAAUCACACUACGGAGGCUCGAGUACAGACACGACUCCUGGCUCAAGCCCAACAGCACUCUUUUCAGCUUUAGGAGUGCAAAAAAAGCGUGGCACUGGGCGAAGAGUUGGGCGUCCUCCGAAGCAGGUCACUCAAAAACGAAAGUUUGGUGCGUUCUCCCUGGGAGGAGCGGGUCUUCCGACACCGCCGAAGCAGGAAUGCCUGAAUGUUGACGACGCGGCAACAAGUAGCGUAGCACGUGCGGAGCAAGGGAUGCCCUCCGCACUGGAAGCGGGCGAUCCUUCUUCUGCCCGGAGCGAGUCCUCGCUUAGUCUCGCAAUGCCGUCCUUCCAAAAGCAGGGAGAUACCCUCACGCACGCAAGUCCGACAGACAGCGCGGACCUCGUACCGACGCCGUCCCUCUGGACGCAGUCCCUCAUCGCGGACUCCUUUACCAGUCCGUCCCCGGUGUCCUCUCCCAUCCGCUGGUUCCAGCAGCAGUCCAACAUCAUCACCAAGUCUCUGCCCUCUUCGUCUCCGGCUUCCGUUCCAGACGCCGCGGAACCUCAGCCUUCCGUCACGGAGUCUCCGAAGACGGAGAGGGAACUUUCGCCGCAGUUACAUCCCGCGGUUAUAUCUGCCGACCCGACUACCCUCGAAAGACCCGGCACGUCAGGAGAGUCGUUGCUUUUCUCAAAGCCGAAAGACGACGGAAGGUUCGUCAGUCUCUCGGCUUCCGGAAUCAAGGUUAGCCUCCUGGAGAAGAGCCUCGUCGGAAAACUGCCCACCUCGCGCGUCGUCGCAUCCGGUGGGGACUUCGUAGCCUUGCCUCUCCUGAACUUCCAGACGGGUCAGGCUAACCGUGUCGUCCUGCCGAUGGCCGGUACCAUCGACAUGGCGGCGGACUUGCCCAGCUCGGAGUCGGGGAUACCCGCAGACGAACCCCUGCUGUCCUCGGACUUCAUGGUGGACGAGUGCCCGGAGCACGAUGGGGACGAUGAAUGUCCCACCCCGCUUGUGGGGAGUACGGGCUAUAAUACGCUAGAAGGCCUCAUCAGGAAUGGGGAAGAAGAGCCGGGCCUAGCGAAGCUGCAUCCCGAGAUAGCGUCUGCUCUCGCAAGUCCGUCAAGCCACGCCUCGGACAGCGAGACUUUGGUGGAGCAACACGGUAGGACCUUGUCAAGCCGAUACAGGAUUCCGUUUCCAACCAUUGCGGCAACGAGGACCAGACGAGUGAGGAUGCCUCGGUUCUUUGACGUCUGAGAAAACUGUGUGUGUGCUUGUGUGCCAACAACAUGUUGCAUGCGUGGAAACGUGGUUUAAUGGGCUGUGCUUCUGCUGCCUUUAAAUUAGUCAGCUGUAUCAGUUGUGUAUAUAGUACUUUUUUUUUUUCAGUCUUUUAAUGUUCUGGAAGAGUGGUCUCUAGAGCAGUGGACAAUUUAGCUCUGUGAAGUUGUGUUUCUAAUUAAUGAUUCAACCUUAUUAGCGACAAGCUUCCACAUAUUGAAACUUUUGUCGCAUGCAUCCCUGGGGUACUU